AUGGUUCAGCUCUUGGGUCCACAGAAUCAAAUCCCAAGAGGCCUGGAAGCCAACCUGGAGGUGAGACCUGGAGAAAGCUGGAAACAUGCUGACCUUGUGUCCUACGAAGCAAAUGCAGCUCCUGGGAAGCCUGCCGUUAGUGCAGAUGAGGGAGAUGGGGGUCCCCAAAUCUGCCGUGUAUGCGGGGAUAAGGCGACUGGUUACCACUUCAAUGUCAUGACAUGUGAAGGAUGCAAGGGCUUUUUCAGGAGAGCCAUGAAACGCAACACCCGGCUGAGGUGCCCCUUCCGGAAGGGCACCUGCGAAAUCACCCGGAAGACCCGGCGCCAAUGCCAGGCCUGCCGCCUCCGCAAGUGCCUGGAGAGUGGCAUGAAGAAGGAGAUGAUCAUGUCGGACGCGGCUGUGGAGCAGAGGCGGGCUUUGAUCAGGAGGAAGAAGAGAGAACGGAUGGGCAUUCAGCCCCUGGGAACCAAGGGGCUGACUGAGGAGCAGUGGACAAUGAUCAGAGAGCUGAUGGAUGCUCAGAUGAAAACCUUCGACACCACCUUCUCCAAUUUCAAGAAUUUCCGGCUGCCAGAAGCGCCCAGCAGUGGUCGCGAGGUUCUGGAAUCUCUGCAGACUCCAGUGGGGCAAGAAGCUGCCAAGUGGAGCCAGAUCAGGGCAGACCUGUGCUCGCUGAAGGUCUCUCUGCGGCUGUGCCGGGAGGACGGCAGCGUCUGGAACUACAGACCCCACGCUGACAGCAGCGGGAGAGAGAUCUUUUCCCUGCUGCCCCACAUGGCUGACAUGUCAACCUACAUGUUCAAAGGCAUCAUCAACUUUGCCAAAGUCAUCUCCCACUUCAGGGACUUGCCCAUCGAGGACCAGAUCUCCUUGCUAAAGGGGGCCACCUUUGAGCUGUGCCAGCUGAGAUUCAACACGGUGUUCAACGCUGAGACGGGAACCUGGGAGUGUGGCCGGCUGUCCUACUGCUUGGAAGACCCUGCAGGUGGCUUCCAGCAGCUUCUCCUGGAGCCCGUGCUGAAGUUCCACUACAGGCUGAAGAAGCUGCAGCUGCAUAAGGAGGAGUAUGUGCUGAUGCAGGCCAUCUCUCUUUUCUCCCCAGACCGCCCGGGUGUGGUGCAGCACAGUGUGGUGGACCAGCUGCAGGAGAGAUUUGCCAUCGCCCUGAAGGCCUACAUCGAGUGCAGUCGGCCCCAGCCUGCCCACCGGUUCCUGUUCCUGAAGAUCAUGGCCAUGCUCACCGAGCUUCGCAGCAUCAAUGCCCAGCACACCCAGAGGCUGCUGCGCAUCCAGGACAUACACCCCUUCGCUAGCCCCCUCAUGCGGGAGUUGUUUGGCAUCACAGAUGGCUGAGCAGCUGCCUCCCCGGGAGAGCCUCUGAGGGGCAGCCUGAGCCAGAGCCCUGCCCUCAGAGCUGCCAUUCCUGGAACUAGAUAGAUGGAUACUGCUGAGAGCUGACAAUGCCCUACAGGUCCUCCCUCCGCGGGGAACUCACAAUCAUUCCUCAGGAAAGGGACGAGGGUCUCCCCAGGCCCCAGCCCAGUCUGUGGAGAGUGAAGCCAUAGACACUUUGAUGGAGAGUGCACCGGCCUAUAGGCCAGGUCCAUCCAGAGGCAAGACCACCCUCCCCUUAGAAAUGGCCCUGUGGUCUGAGCAUCUAGUGUCAUGGUGGGAGAGGGGGAGUGUCUGUGAGAGAAGCCAGAAGGCCUACAGCAAACGUCAGAGGCUUGUCAUGACCUCUGUGUCUAUUCUUUCUUCCUUUUGUGUCCUUCAUUCUGUGUCUCUGCACCCGUGCAAACACACUAGCAAGCACCAACGGUAUGCAGCAUGCUGUGGGCUGUGCACCGACUCAGACAUAGUUCCGGACUUCCAAGACUUUAAAAGUUCAACUUGAGAAAACAAAGCAGAAACACAAAGAGCUUUGAGCCAAAGAGGUGGUAAGGG